UGUAGUAGUGGCAGCAGCAAAAUGCUUAGAAAACUGCUUCACCAAUCUUCCACAUUUCAUCGUUCCGUAGCCAAUGCAUACUUGGCAGCUGCACCAUGCUAUUGCUCGAGGGUCUCUUCUUCUUCUUCUUCUUCUUCUUCUUCUUCUUCUUCUUCACCUGACACACCUUCCGUGGACGAGGGCACUGCAAUCUCCAUCGACCGCUCUGGCCUUUACAACCCACCUGACCAUUCUCACCUCCCAAAUUCCGAUUCUGAGCUCGUCAAGCACCUCAAAGGGAUCAUCAAGUUUCGUGGAGGCCCUAUAUCAGUAGGUGAGUACAUGUCAGAAGUUUUGACAAAUCCUAAAGCUGGGUACUACAUCAAUCGAGAUGUUUUUGGAGCACAAGGUGAUUUUGUCACAUCUCCUGAAGUAAGCCAGAUGUUUGGUGAGAUGGUUGGUGUUUGGGUGAUGUGUCUUUGGGAGCAAAUGGGUCAACCACAAAGACUAAAUCUCAUUGAGCUGGGCCCAGGACGAGGAACUCUUAUGGCUGAUCUUCUUCGUGGUGCUUCAAAAUUUAAGAACUUCAUUGAGUCUUUGCAUGUACACCUGGUGGAGUGUAGUCCAGUACUACAGAAGCUUCAGCACCAGAAAUUGAAAUGCAUUGAUGAAGAGAACACAGCUCAAGAUGCUGAUAAAAGAACUAUAAGCUCUUUGGUUGGCACUCCUGUGUCAUGGCAUGCUACACUGGAGCAGGUUCCUUCAGGAUUGCCAACAAUUAUCAUUGCGCAUGAGUUCUUUGAUGCCCUACCAGUCCAUCAAUUUCAGAAAGCAUCUCGCGGCUGGUGUGAGAAAAUGGUUGAUGUGGCAGAAGAUUCAUCGUUUCGUUUUGUUCUAUCUCCACAGCCUACACCUGCAACUCUGUAUCUAUUGAAGCGGUGCAAGUGGGCUGUAACUGAGGAAAUCUCACAACUUAAUCAAAUUGAAGUUUGCCCCGAAGCCAUGGAUUUGACUCAGACCAUUGUUGAAAGAAUAAGUUCUGAUGGUGGUGGAGCUCUAAUCAUUGACUAUGGCUUGGAUGGAGUAAUCUCGGACAGUCUCCAGGCAAUUCGGAAACACAAGUUCGUCAACCUUCUGGAUGAUCCUGGAUCUGCUGAUCUCAGUGCAUAUGUUGAUUUUGCUUCCAUUAGACAUUCUGCUGAGGAAGCUUCAGGAGAAGUGUCUGUCCAUGGGCCAAUUACUCAAUCUCAAUUUCUUGGUUCCCUUGGAAUAAAUUUUCGUGUUGAAGCACUUGUUCAAAACUGCACGGACGAACAAGCUGAAUCUUUGAGGACAGGAUACUGGCGUCUUGUAGGUGAUGGAGAAGCUCCCUUUUGGGAAGGACCUGAUGAAGGUGUUCCAAUUGGUAUGGGAACCCGAUACAAAGCAAUGGCUAUAGUGAACAAGAAGCAUGGUGUUCCAGUUCCUUUUCAGUAAAGCCUAAUCAAAUUAAAAUGUCAGAAGCAGUUAGUAUGCCAGCUUAACUUCCCCCAAGCCAUAGUUGAUGUUUUGGUGCAUGUGACAUACAAUGUCCUCAAUCAAUGGUUGGCACUUCUAAUUCCUACAGUUUUUUCUUCAUUUAUAUUUAUUUAUAUAUUUUUGAAAUGAUAGUUUAAUAGUUCUUGGUUUGCUUUUUAUUUUAAAGAGUUUCAAGAUGUAACGAUCUUGUAAUAAUUUUAAUAAUGCUCGCUUCAUUUGCUUGGA